CAACGGCUAUGAACAGUAUUUUUACAUCUAUAAAUACAUUCAUACUUCACUCAUUUUCUUCAUCCAAACAUUUCAUUAUCUCUCAAAUAUUUUCAAAUCGCUCUCCUCCGGUUUUUCAUUCCAAGAAAGAUGAUUCGCGCGUUUUUGAUUUUAGUUGCAAUUCUAAUUUGUGUAUCUAUUUACGGUUUAUUCGUUGGAGAAUUUGCUCCGGGGGAAUUUACGAUGAAUAUCGGUUUACUUUUCUAUACAUUAUUUCUAUUUGUAAUUGCUUGCAUGAUUAAUGUAAACGGUUCAUUUUAAAUAUUAUAAAAUUCUAAUAAAAUUUACUAUUUUGUGUCUUGGAAAUUCAGAAAUGGCAAAUAUUGAAAAACUCCAGUUUCCGGCUUUGGAAAUAACUGGGGCAAAUUACACGGCAUGGAUAACUAAUAUGGAGCUUCAUCUAGACUCAGAGAAAAUACUCGAGACAAUAAAAGAAGGGAAUAAAUCAGCUUCUCACGAAAGAUCUAGGGCCGUAAUAUUUCUGAGAAAACACCUAGAUGAAAAUCUUACGCAUGACUAUGCGAGGGUAAAAGAUCCUCUAGAUCUUUGGAAAGCCCUAAAGGAGAGGUUUGAUAACCAGAAGAAAAUAACUCUUCCCCAUGCACUCGAUGAGUGGGCGAACCUACGAUUUCAAGAUUUUGAAAAGGUGGAAACGUACAAUUCCGCUAUAUUAAGGAUAGCGGCGCAAUUAGAAUAUUGCGGUAAGCCCGUAACGGAAGCAGAAAUGCUUGAGAAGACUUACCAAACGUUCCACAAAAACCAUUAUGUUCUACAAGAACAAUACAGAAACCGUGGAUACACGAGGUUCUCUGAACUCGCUGUAGCGCUCAUGAUAGCGGAGAAAAAUAAUGAACUCCUUAUCAAAAAUCACAAUACCCGACCCACGGGAACCAAAGCAUUUCCUGAGGUGAAUGCGACGGAUGUAAAAAAUCCGGAAAGAGGAAAUUUUUCCUAUCGUGGUCGUGGUCGUGGUCGUGGUCACGGUCGUGGUCGUGGCCAUCGAUUUAAUCGUGGUAAUGAAAGGAGUUACAACCCAAGAGGAAGGGGAUCCAACACAUGGAAUCGAUCCAAUCGUGGAAAAGGGAAUGAAGCCCAAGAAAACCCUACUCGUAAAAACGAGAACGUCUGUUACAGAUGUGGAUCGAAGGGGCAUUGGUCUCAAGUAUGCCGAACUCCUCAGCAUCUAUGUAAGUUGUACCAAGAAACCAUCAAAGGCAAAGCAAAGGAAGUUAAUCUCAAUGAGCACUUCGAGGGUACAACAUCUACAUACCUUGAGUCUUCUGACUUUAUGGACGAUGUCAACGAGGCCACUCAUCAAGAUAAUUAAAAUGCUUAUAGUAAUCAAGCCCAAUAAUGCCAGUGAUGUCAUAAAUUAUUAUUACUAUUAUGUAUUUUCAGUUCUAGAAUAAAAUUGUUUUUCGAAACAACUAAUGUAUAAUUAUAGUCUAAUGUAUAAGUGUGUGUGCUUAUAAUCAAUGUAUAAUUAUAUAAUGUUUACUUAUGAAAAUUUAUUUUCUUU